GCGGCGGCGCGCCAGUCUCCCGCGGACCUCGCCCCGGACACACGUCGCGACAAACAUCGACAAUACCCACACGUGCGUGGCGCAACCCUAUUCUUGUUGUUCUAUAUACUACAUACAAAACUGUGCUGUGUUAACCCCUGUAUUAUACCACCUGGAAUUCUUUCAUUUUCAAAGGUAUCGAAAGCCAUUCGGACGGUGUGUAGUGAGUACAAAGAUAGUAUGUGCAGUGACGGUUCACAGUUGUAUGUGAGGGACAGCCGGUGACAAUUGUGUAGUGGCUACAUGUGAGUGAAUUGUGGACAAUGAUCGUUUGGCGUACGAAGAACACUAGUCGUCGGAAAUACGGGGGCUGGUCCAAAAUGGCAUCAGAUGUCGCGUCACAUAUAAGGAAAUCAACAGUUUUAUGGCUAAUUUUGGCCUUAACGAAUACGCGAGCGCGGGCGGGCGAACUAUGGCCAAUGGAGCGACCAGACGGGAUGCCAGUCAUACAGUCACUAGAAGUCAUGUGCGGGAAGGAUCACAUGGAUGUCCACCUCACGUUCUCUCACCCCUUCGAGGGCAUUGUCUCGUCAAAAGGUCAGCACGGUGACCCCCGAUGUGUCUACGUACCGCCUUCGACGGGCCAGACGUACUUCUCAUUUCGGAUCGCAUACGCCAAGUGUGGCACUAAACCAGAUCUUCACGGGCAGUUCUACGAGAACACGGUGGUUGUGCAAUACGACAAGGACCUGCUUGAAGUGUGGGACGAAGCGAAGAGGCUGCGGUGCGAAUGGUUCAACGAUUACGAGAAAACCGCCUCCAAACCUCCCAUGGUUAUCGCCGAUUUGGAUGUAGUGCAGUUGGAUUUUAGAGGGGACAAUGUGGACUGUUGGAUGGAGAUUCAAGCUGGAAAGGGACCGUGGGCGGCUCCGGUGUCAGGGAUAGUCCCUUUAGGGUCCACCCUCACACUGGUUGUCGCCAUCAACGAUUAUCGAGGUGAAUUCGACAUGCGAGUGAAGUCGUGUGCUGCGUCAGACGGCUCCGGCCAUGUGAUUCAACUGUCAGAUGAAUAUGGAUGCGUGCUGCGGCCUAAGAUGAUAUCAAGAUUCCUGAAAGCCAAAGCAGUAGACGAACGCGCCACCGUCAUCACGUACGCAUUCUUCCACGCCUUCAAGUUCCCCGAUGCCCUCAGCGUCCACAUCAGGUGUAAGGUGGAAAUCUGCAGGCACGGCUGUUUGGAUCACUGUCAGUUGGCCGGAGUUACUCCUCAAAGACACGGCGCCUUGGACAGAAAAGACGAUAGGACUCAUCAAGAUCACAACGAGAUAAAUGAUUCAUCAGCUGAAGAUGGUGGUUUAUCGGACAUAUCAGACGAAGCCCGUCUUCCUUUAGAAGAAGCGUUUGGCGAUGAAGUAUCAGGCGAUGUGGUGCUGGCUCCAGCCCCGCUACCACAGAGAGCUCCGGCGCCUGUUAUUGAACCUGAAAGUGAUCAUAUGUCUGCUGUGGAAGAAUUAGUUGAAGCUCUCGCUAGACCUUUUACUGACCGUCCCUCGAACAUCGAUCGCGAACGCUUCCCUCACGGACCUCGUAACCUUGGCAACCAAGUUCCCGAACCAUCAGGCGAUGGUGUAGUCCCAGCCAAGGCACCAGGCCCUGCCGUAGCUGGUCCCAGGUCUCUUCGCAAACGAAGAACAGUCCGCGAUGCUAGAUCCGCUGAUGUCGGCGUUUCGGGAAUAUAUGAAGUUGUGUCUGAAGCCGAUUUGGCUUUUGGACCUUCAAGAACCGAACCUGUCACUGUGUUUAGCGGAAGGAUUCGUGAAGAGGUCGUUUACGGGAUCUGUAUGGGAGCAGUUAGCUUCGGUGCCCUGUUCGCGUCAGCGGCCGGCGCCGCCGCGGGUGCAGCUCUGGCCGCGGCAGUCAUGCUGCAGAAACUUCGAUCUCGAAUGGCUGUCCAACCUCCCAUUCCCGUGUCUCCUGCCCCAGCGUCACAUUCCCUUGCUGCGUGGAUGGCUUUAAGACUCCUUGGAUCACAACCUCAUCCACAUCAUUCCCGUGAUGGUUGAUACCAACCUAAUAGAAUCCUACCGAAGACUGUUCUUAGAUGCUAAAUAUUAAA